UUCCGCGUGGUUUUAGUUGGGAAUAUUCCAGUGAAUCGGAAAGUCGAGAUCAAGAUCGCAUAAAAAAAGUUUUCAGUGAACUUCCUAAAAUCAAUUUAAAAUGGAGAAAUGGCUUGAACCUGUUUUUGCCAAUCUAAUAGAGAACAAAAAGUUUUGCGACUGCCAUAUUUUGGUGCAGAACGAAUCUUUUGAGUGCCACAAGGUAAUUUUGGCCAGUGCAUCGGAUUUCUUCGAGCGCAUGUUUUUGAGUGAGUUCAAGGAGUCCAAAUCGGGGAAAUUCCAUUUGAGCCAAGUGAAGCCGGAAACGUUUGCCAUGUUCCUCCAAUAUGUGUACACCUACAACAAGAAGAAACUGGAGGAGAGUACCAACUCGAUGAUAAUAGAGCUUCUCAGCUGCGGAUCCAUCUGGCUGGUAAAAUCGAUCGUCGCCGACUGUGUGGCCAUCCUCCAGGCACGGGCGCCCAAUAUGGUGAUCGGUGAUCUUGUCGAGCUCUUCCAGCAUGCCCAUAACCUAGACCAUAGUGGGCUCAUCGAUAUUUCUGUGCAGCCCCUAAGAAGACGUUUUGGAACAACCAUGAACUGCUACGACGUCUUGGUCCUGACUUCAGAUGUCUUCGAAAAGUACGUCAUUAUGUCAGAGGGCUACUUGCCGGAGGUAGAGAGGUUCAAGAUGAUCGAGAGUUACGUUACCGUCAAUGGAUUGAUCAGUGAUGAGACGGUCGAGGAUGUGGAUGACGAUUCUAAAGAAGGAGGUGAUAGUGGCGUUGGUGAUAUGGUAAAAGCAAAUCCUUCAUCCGAAGACAGCUAUGCAGAGUCCUCAGAAUCUGAUGAUAAGCCUGAUACUUCUACGGCGACUUGCAAAAGAAACGAUGAGAAGGGAGCUGUUGGCCAAAUGGGUAGUCUUCGUCCAAAUGAGCGAAAUGAUGGCAAGAUGAAAAACAUUCGCCAUAAAUAUAUAAAAACAUUGUUGAGCUACGUCAAGUUCAAUAAUAUGACUAAGAAAGAUUUUUACGAAGUAGUUGGCAGGUCUGUUUUGUUAAGCUACAAAGAAAAAUACGAAAGUCUAUUCUUAACACGUUAAUCCAGUUUCAAAAUGUCUUUCGAAGCGACAGUAUUGAAUCAUUUCUGAGCAAAAGGUUUCACAAAAAUGUAUGAAAAACAUUUGAUAAUUAAGAGUUACGUUCCAGAAUCAGUUUCAUUUAAAUGUUUUCCUUAAAUAUGCUAAUGACAGUGUACAAUUUCAUUAAAUAUAUUAAACAUAUUUCCGUAAUAAAGUUAAGCCUUCAUAUUUGGCAACAGUA